CACAGAGAGCAGGUGGACAGUGGCGUGUUCAGCAAAAUUAUAGGGAGAGAGACGUUUGCUAAGAAGGUGAAUUAUUAAUGUUAUUUUAAAUGUACUAUACUAUUAUUAGCAGUGGUAAUGAACGGUGUUUACAGUCACUCAGAUGGAAUAAUUGGACUUUGAAAUGAUGAAAUAUGACUUCGUGAGAAAUUCCAGAUGUUCAGGGAGGGGGAGGAGAGGAUGGUGCACCUCAGUGAUGAACAGUCUUUCAUCUAAUCAUGCACUAAAGCCCCUGGUCCCCACCCUCUGCCUGGUGGUCGUGGUGAUAUAUGGCCUGGCUGAUAAACUCAGAAACUUUGUGUCCGGCAUCUUCAUCCCUCAGUACCAUUACCCGUAUGCUGUGGCUCUCUGCUUUGCGCAGGUUCUGAUUUCCUUGUUAGUCUUAAAUCUCCUGCAUGUCCUGGAUCUGGUGCCUCUGAAGCAUUACUCCAGGUCCCUGGGUGAGAGGGUGCUGGUGCCUGCUAUCUGUAACAGCAUCCAUGAUGUGCUGGCCAUGUGGGCCAAAGCUAGCAGCUCGUACGCCGGCCUCUUUGCCCUCACCCUGCCUCUGCUGCCCCUGUUAACUGUUGGCUUUAGUUUCACCCUGAAGCUGGCAUCGCUGCCACCUAUCCACAUCUCUGUUCUGAUUUCCAUCGUGAGUGGGACAUCUAUUGUCAUCUCAGCCUCCAAGGGUCUGUCAGGUAUUGAACCUCUGGAGUACAUUUAUGCACCUCUGGCUUUAAUCCUCCACAGUCUCUCUUUAACCUGGCUGGCUAAAGUAUCUGAUGCUGAGCGCUGCCACUCCCCUGAUGCCCAGGCCUCCAUUUUUGACAUCUACUACACCCAACUGGUCAACCAGAGCUGGGUGCUGGGCCUCCUGUGGCUGCUGCACCCGGACAGUCCCUGGCAGGUGUUGAGUCAGGGCAGCUGGCAAAGCCUGCUCUUUCAUGGAUACCUGCUUGCUAUUCUCCUGCUGGGGGUGGCGUUGAACUUCCUAGUCGGUAUAUCGGCUCUGUGUGUCUCGCCGCUUUCUGCUGCACUGCUCCAUUCAGCAAGGCAGGCGGUGCAGCCAUUCUUCCAGCUUCUGUAGUUUCACUUCAAAGGACUGUAGCAGUGAGACAUAUGCAAUUCAUUCAAUCAUUAACAACAGUGUUUUUUUUUUUAAUUCUGUGUAGAAUAACAAGUUACCUUUCGACUUUCUCCCUUUCACAGCAUCAUGGCCUGUGCUACUGAGGCAUGUACAUAAAAUGCAGCAGAGAAGCAGCAUACAUUAAGUGAUUGAAACCAUGACAGAAUAUUACAAACACAUAGCAAGCUAAUGAUUUACACACUAAGACCAGGUAUUGUAUUAAUGCCAGCAGACUGUUGUAACAGAGCACCAGCCUCAGGACAGGACAGGAUGCAGCGUACCAAACCACCUAAACAAAGACUCCCAUUACAUUAGUUUAAGACAGAGCAUGGCCUUAAUAGUACAGUAGCAGUUUCAAAACCAGCUCUUUGACAGUGGAACAAGUACAACUAAGCUGCAUGGGUCGAACAAUUCAAGUUUUCAUUUAGAGCUGAAGGUGAUUCUGCCUUAUCAAGCAAAUAUCAACAUGUAUAUCCAUGAAAAUCUGCGGACAUUUGAGGAGAAUUGUGAAUAAUAUCGAGACAAAAACUGUGAUUUU